UUCUUUAACCAGAUCAAGACCCCUUUUGUGAACUUCUUCUUCCCCACAUCUCCUAAAAGCUUCUUCACACUCACCAAACCAAAACCUUUUCUUUUCUUAUCUACCCAAUUUAUCACAUCUUUUUUCUUUCUUUCUCAAACUCUUUUGACAUCUUUGAUCUGAUCAUGGUGAAGGAAACAGUGUACUAUGAUGUUCUUGGUGUCACUCCCUCUGCUUCUGAGGAAGAGAUUCGCAAGGCUUAUUACAUCAAGGCAAGGCAAGUUCAUCCUGAUAAGAAUCAAGGUGAUCCUCUGGCUGCUGAAAAGUUUCAGGUUCUUGGUGAAGCUUACCAGGUUCUAAGUGAUCCUGUUCAUCGUGAAGCGUAUGAUCAAACUGGAAAGUUCUCAGCUCCCAAAGAAACGAUGGUUGAUCCAACGGCUGUUUUCGCUCUUCUCUUCGGAAGUGAACUAUUUGAGGAUUAUAUCGGUCACUUAGCUGUUGCAUCAAUGGCUUCUACACAAAUGGCUUCUGAAACUGAAACCCCUGAUCAGUUUCAUGACAAAUUGAAGGCUGUUCAGAAAGAAAGAGAAGAAAACCUCGCAAAGUUUCUCAAAGAUUUAUUGAGUCAAUACGUCCAUGGAGACAAAGAAGGGUUCAUACACCGCGCAGAAUCUGAAGCCAAAAGACUAUCAGAUGCAGCUUUUGGAGCGGAUAUGUUGCAUACAAUUGGAUAUGUAUACACAAGACAAGCAGCUCAAGAACUUGGGAAAAGAGCUCUUUACUUAGGAGUUCCAUUUGUAGCUGAAUGGGUUAGGAACAAAGGUCAUUCGUGGAAAUCACAGAUCAGUGCAGCCAAAGGAGCUUUUCAGUUACUUCAGCUGCAAGAAGAGAGUAACCGGAGACUCAAGAAAGAUGGGACUAGUGCAACGAAUGAUUUGGAGUCCCAUAUUCAGACCAACAAAGAAACGUUGAUCGGAUCUUUGUGGAAACUAAAUGUGGUCGACAUUGAAGUGACUCUGUUACAUGUGUGCCAGAUGGUUUUGCGCGAUAACAACUUAAGAAAGGAGGAGGUCAAAUCUAGAGCAAUGGCUCUCAAGAUUCUUGGGAAGAUUUUCCAGCAAGAAAAGCAAUCAAGGAACGGCUCGAAAUCAACAAGAGAAGAUGAAGACAGCGACGACGAUGAUGACAGUAGCAGUGAUGACGAUUCUUCACAACCACUUUCAUAUAGAACUCCUCUGCUCACUCAGGGGAUUGGUAGACUCUUCAGAUGUCUCUGCAAUCCAGCAUUCGAUGUAGACGAUGAUGAAAUUGUCUACAAAAGCAAAUGAUCAAUACCACACUCACAUUGCAAUUGAUGGGUCUCACAUGUGAAUGUGAUACAUCCUCUUUAAGUUAUUAAUUCUUUAUAAAUAUUUGUAAUGAUGAUAACCGAUGGAUCAAACUUAACAAAUUGUUAAAAUAAGUUUUUCUUAAAAAGAAGAAAAACUCAACUGGUUUGUAAUCAUUACAAGAUUACUAUA